UUCUAUGACUGCCCACAGAAAAUGCACUUGGUCUCGGAGUGCACGGGUCGAGUCAACCCGUCGGCAAGUCCCCAGCCCAACCUGCAGGAGGUGCUGUUCGUCAUGGGGGGUCGUUCCCUGGACGACGAAAACUCGGACGAAGACUCGGACGAAGACGACGAGCCAAGUCUGCGCGAGAGGAGGCCGCAGCCCGGGAACUGCACCUUCUACAACACCAAGACAAAAGAGUGGCAUGAACUCCCCAACUUCCCCAACCCCAACAAGUGGGGCUUCUCCAUGGUGUCUCUCAACAAUGAUGUCUAUGUCACAGGAGGCUCGCGGGGCUCCAACACCAACACCUGGUCCACCACGGAGACAUGGAAGUACAUCACCAAGGAGGGGAGGUGGGUCACCGUGGCGCCCAUGCUGCGCCCACGCACCAACCAUUCGUCCGCGACGCUCAACGGCGAGAUUUACGUCAUCGGAGGUACCACGGCGGACCGCGUAGAGAUGGAGCGGUACGACCCCUACCACAACACCUGGGCCUCCACGUGUCCCGCCUUAAAGUACGUGACCAACUUCACGGCCACGGCGUGCCAGGGGAAGCUCUACGUGAUUGGCUCGUGCGCCGUCAAGUAUAACGCCUUGACCAUGCAGUGCUACAACCCCGUUAUAGACAGCUGGAUGAGCAUCUGCUCGCCCUUCAUCCCCAAAUAUCUGUCGUCUCCUCGCUCCGUGUGCGUGGAGGGAACCAUCUAUCUUCUCGCUGACAACACAAAGAAGGUCUACUGCUACGACUCGGACGCCAACAUGUGGCAGAAGAUCCAACUGCUGCACAUGCUCCAUGAGAACGGCGGGCUGGUGGUGCUGGACGGGAGGCUCUUUGUGACUGGUGGUCACUGGAAGGGCAUGGAGGGCGACUACGGGGUGGAGGUGGAGGUGUACAACCGGGCGUGCGACACCUGGGAGGUGGACACCUUCCUUCCCAGACUCUGGUUCUACACCGGCCUGUCCACCAUCUUCCUCGACCCGACCCACUGGCCCCAGAUCUUCCCCGCGGACGCGACGUAGCUGACGCCACGCGGUUUAAACGCCAGCGAGUGUUCAUGCCGGGAUGUCACCAGCAGCCAAGAAUAGCCGGUCACAUGAUCCUGGAGGUACCCAAAUCAAAGUGCAAGCUGAGAGGGGACAGGGCCUUCUCUGUUGAGGGUUCCAAACUCUGGAGCGAUCUCCCUCUCCAUGUGAGACAGGCCCCUUCUUUGGCUACUUUUAAGACCCUUCUUAAAACCCAUUUUUACUCACUGGCUUUUAACCCAGCAUGAGACUUUGAACUGUUUAAACUGUUUUGAGUUUUUUAACUGCUUUUUAUCUAACAAAUUGCUCUUAAGAUAAUUUUUAUUUGCUUUUUCUAUGUGCAUAUA